AUGAAGCUGUACACCAGGAGCGGCGACGACGGGACGACGGGGCUGCUGUUCGGAGGGCGGGCGUCGAAGGCUGGGCCGCGGACGGAGGCAUAUGGGAGCCAUCGACACGGCCAUAUCGGCCAUGGGGAUGGCGCGGGCGCUGUCGUCCGACGAGCGGGUCAAGGACAUCCUGCUGCGGUGCCAGCACGACAUGUUCACCGCGGCGACCGAGUGGCCGUCGACCCCGACCACUACGACCUGCUGAUUGAGAACUUCUCGCCGGUCACGGAGGGGAUGGUCGAGCGGUUGGAGCGGUGGAUCGACGCCCUCGACGACGAGGUCGACCUGCCGCCGCGCUUCAUCGUUCCCGACGGAGCCGCCCCGAACGACAACGUCCUGCGGUACGUCAACCGGCUCUCCGACCUGCUGUUCAUUCUCGCUCGCUACGAGGACAGGGACCUGCCAUUCGAGAUCACGACGGGCGAGAUGCGCCGAGAUGCGGAAUAA